AUGCAGCAGCAGCUGCAGCACCAGCAGCAGCAGCAGCAGCAGCAGCAGCUGCAGCAGCCUUAUAACAUACAGCAGCAACAGCCCUACAACAUGCAGCAAGCUUUCAAUCCGCAGCAGCAGCAGCAGCAGCAGCAGCAGCACUCUUAUUAUGCUAUGCAGCAGCAGCUGCAGCAGCAGCAGCAGCAGCAGCCGUACAGCAACGUGCAGCAGCAGCAGUUCGCAAUGCAGCAGCACUACCGCUGA